AUGUCGACGACCUCGUCUUCGUCAACGGGAGCUGUUUCGGCAUCACGUGCUGUAGCGUCGCCGCUCAUGAACGGCAAGUCUGGACUUGCUGAUGCAGCUCCGGUGCUAACAGCGUCUCGCUCUACACCACCACCACCACCACCAGCAGCAGCAGCACCAGGCACGAGCACGCGAGCACGAGCAGCGUCGCAGGGUGCGCACGCAUCAGAGCGCUGGGGUGCUGCGAAUAUGACCAGCUUGCCCGCUCUGGCGUCAGGCUCGUCACAACUUCUCGCUGGCUCGACACACGCGCUCGUAGCGCUUCACGAUGCCUCCAUUGAACGCGCGCUUCGGCGCCUGGAACGCGCGACGGGCUCAGAGAGGCGCUACGAGGCAGCACAACGGCUCCGCAUGCUCUAUGAACGCAAGUUUCAGACCAUGAAACAGCCUGAGGCCAUAAGUGUGCUCAGUGACGCCUUGGCAUAUCGUUUGCAGGCUAUGAUCAGCUCGGGGAGUCAGCGGGAUCGACUAGCAGGCCUGACUGGCCUCAGCGCGCUCAUCGAGACGCGCGGCGAGGCGUACCGCACCAAAGUCCAACGAACCUACAACGGCUUGCGUCCUAUCCUGAGACGUCCUCCAGACUGGGAGGCUGCUCGCGCUGCCGCUGAUAUGCUGGGCCGGCUCAGUCGACUCGGCGGGGUUCUCGUGAAUCGUUUUGUCGAAGCGGAGGCCGUUCGUGCACUCGAGUACCUGAAUACCAAUAGCGUGCUUCUGAAGGGAAUGGCAAUCAUGGUGCUCAAUGCUUUAUGUGAGCACGUUCCCGCAUCCAUGUAUACCUCGAGAGUUCAGCUGGCGCAGGUGGUGUGGCGAGGCCUCACCGACAGUCGACCGAUUCUUCGCCUGGAGAGUGCCAGCUUGCUGCGCUCCUUCCUCGCCCUACUGGAACAGCGCGCAUCCGAUGAUAGCGCCCGCACCUGUCAGAUGAUCAUUCAGCGUUGCCUUGAGAUGUUGAUCUCCGAUGAACGAGAAACAACCCCACCAGAAACGCACGGCAGUUUGUUGGCGCUCCACGAACUCGUGCGGAACCGCUUCUCGGCAACGUUCCUAGACGAGCAUAUCAGUCGAAUACGGAAGCGUCUCGAGAGCUUACGUCUGACUCGCGAUAACCUCAUCCGAGCGGCGAUUCUCCAGCUGCUUCCAGACUUGGUGCGCCUGGAUCGAACACUCAUCGAACUCGGCAUGAGCAUGGCGCUCGAGAACGAGGACCUGGUUGCCCUGGGGAAACUGGCGGUAGCAGUGGGUCCUACCGCUGCGCUCCCUUGGAUGGAGCACAUCUUUGUGGUACUGCGUAAUAGCGAGGUCGCAGCGGCAGCGAAACACGAAUGCAUCGCGCUGUUGGCCCCGAUCAUCGUGGAAAGCGAACAGAGCGAGCGUCUCGCUGAGCUCCUGGAAGACUCCAUCCUAACGCAGGGUCUGAGUCCCUCGCUAGUCGAAGCCCUGGAACGCGUUUGUGAGCAUGUUCCGAGUCUGCGAGACCUGGUUCACGGGCAUGUGCUGCGCCUGUGUGCGGAAACGACGGAUAUCGCGUGCGCGCUGCAGGCAUUGCAACGUUUCACCUUCGGGCGUCGACCCUGUUUGGACGACUACGUCCGCCAGCAUGUCCUGCCCUACAUCUACGGCAAACGCAGCCUCAGAUCAGCAGCCUUCGCUGCCUCGCUGCACGUCUUGACUGCAGCCGUCCAGUCAGCGACUCCAGGGCGGCCGCUUCAACCGAAAAUCUUCGAGACGCUACAACAACUGAUUGUGGUGGUUGUUGCUGACCCCGACAGCCGCAUACGCGCAGAGGUACUGCUGCACUUGGCCAAGCCGGCGUACUUUCCAGUCUUUGAACGCUACCUUGCGCAACCGGAACUCUUGCGAGCGCUCUGCUUGGCACUUCACGAUGAGGAUGCCACAGUACGCGAGCGAGCACUGAGCCUCGUCGGCCGACUCUCCACGGUGAAUCCAGCGCAUACGUUGCCCUCUCUCCGUCGCCUCUUCAUGAAUCUACGCAUCAUUCUCGAAUGUGAAAGCGAACCGCUGCAGGGAUCCCAGGAGGAUGCACUCCGCCUUUUGCUCCGCCUCGUCCAGGAUGCACCGCAGCUGAUCGAACCCUACACACCCACAACAGCCAAACUACUGGUGCAACGGCUCCAGCAAAACUCGACUAGUGCAGUUGCCGUCGACACUUCAGUGAUACACACACUCCACAGCAUCGCAUGCUUGGCAGAGCGUGGCGUUGCAGCAGAACUCCAAACGCUCCUGCAUGAUGCCAUGCCGCACCUGCUGCGCAUCCUGCAACACACCUCGGUAGAGGCGGACCUUCGGGAGGCAGUUUGUCGGGCGCUUUCGAGUCUAGCGCGAGCUGCAGGUGCAACCACGGAGCUCUACACCCAAUACCCCAGUUUGCUGUCGACGCUGCUGCGCAUGCUGCGAACCGAAACCAACUUGUUCGUGCGUCUGGAGAUAGAGCGAACGCUGGGGACGCUCGGAGCGGUGGACCCCGACCGUACCGCACCGCUACUGCUCGACCGGACGCGGUAUCCGUAUACACGACUCGAGUCGCUCACGGAGGUGUAUCACCAGCAGACCGCUCCAAUGCAUUACGCGCCACGCCCAACCGCUACCGGAACUGGAGCUACGAAUGCGUUUACAACGGAUACGCGCUGCGGACUCGUGGCCGAGGAGCCGGCCUUGCCAGGCACUGCUGCUGCUGCUGCUGCUGCAACGACGACGACGACAACGACGACACUUACUGGACAAGCACUGCGUGCCCAGUUGCGCUUUGAAGCGCCGAACGAGCUCGAGACGCUGGUAGGUCGACUCCCGCACCCGUUCACGGCAAACGAAGAGUACUUUCCCUCGGCAGCACUGGAUGCCUUGCAUCGCAUCCUCGCGAAUGCCAAACUGACGACACUUCACUACGACACUGUCGGUGCGAUUGUGAACAUCAUGAGCAGUCUCGGGAUGAAGUGUGCACCUUUUCUAUCCGUGGUGGUGCCGCGCCUGCUCUGGAUGCUACGGCCGCGAACCGAGGAUACGCAUGACUUGGCGUUCCGCGAGUACGUCAUCCGAGGCCUGGCUAGUGUCGUGCUCUCUGCCCGCCAAUACAUACGCCCGUACGCAGCUUCGCUGGUGGCGCUCAUUCUCGAGUACUGGCCGCUGCAAGUCCUGCAUCGCUCGAUGUUCGCCCUAAUGGAAUGCCUCCGCGUAGCGCUCCAUGAUGAAUUCCGACCCUUUGUGCCGGUUUUGCUGCCGCUCAUCCUGCCCUGGAUGUCGUUGCGGGUGCUCAAGGUGCUCUUGGUGUUCGGCACCCACACCAGUGAGUACGUGGUGCUUGUUUUACCGCCCGUGAUGCGUUUCCUGGAGGAUGCCACCCGUCCGCUUGCGGCUCGCAUUGAGGUUCUCAAGCGCUUGCCGCGACUCUUCGCCAUGCUCGAUCUAUCGGAUAUGGCGAGCCAGCUGAUGCACCCGCUGUGUCGGAUGCUGCGCACCAGUGAAUUCCAGUGGCACGCUCGGCAACUGCUCGAGUCGCUGCUCCCUCGUCUGGGAUUAGACGCGGCCUACUACACGUUGCUGGUCCGUGAAAUGCUCCUUGGAGAUGCAGCAUCGGCAUCAGCAGCAGCAACCGGCAAUGACGACGAAGACGAUGACGGCAACGACGACGAAGACGAUGACCAGCACCCAACGGAUGAAGCCAGUGCUCGUGGUGCAGCGGCAUCGACCGAGUCUGCCUCGACACAGGCCGGUGCUGCCCUGCAGUCGAGCAGUGCGAGUGCACUUCACCGCCUCGCACGCUAUCGCCAUGAACGCACGGCGCUGAGUCGCUCCGAGUCGCUUGACUCGUUGAAUGGUGUACCGCGUACCACGUCACUGGGUUCACUCGCUGACCUAGCCUCUGGGGAUGCGUUGCUGGCUCACAGUCCCGACUCGUUGCUCGACAGCACACACGUAUCGCUGGUUGCGUCAGCGUCGAUGUUGGAUUUGCAGCAGCAGCUACAGCAACAGCAACAGCAACAGGCGCUCCUGGGAAGCGGUGCCAGCAACACCACCACCACCAACACCAACAACAACAACAACAGCGGCCACAAUAGCGCCCGUCGUCACCACGUCAAUGAGAAGAUGCUCCAAAAGGCGUGGCAAGUCGGUCGACGCACCACCCGCGACGACUGGAACGACUGGAUGAUGGCGCUUGCGUCGGCGCUUUUCCGGGAGAGCGGCUCACCGUCGCUGCGCUCAUGUGCGCGACUCGCUGAGGUGCACCCGCCACUCGCUCGUGAACUCUUCAACGCUGCCUUUCUGAGCUGCUGGACGGAACUCUCGGAUCCGUGUCGUGCGUCACUGGUGCGCAACCUGGUACUUGCGCUCUCCAGCGAGUCCAUACCACUGGACGUGCUGCAGGUGCUCCUGAGCCUCGUCGAGUUCAUGGAACAUGACGAGAAGCCCUUACCCAUUGACCUUCGACAACUAGCUGCCAUGGCGUUCCGCUGCGGUGCCUACGCCAAAGCGCUCCGCUACAAAGAGGCCGAGUAUAUGCAGAACCCGGCAUCAGCCAUGGAAGGUGACGAUAGUCUCAUUGCGAUCUACGAAGCGCUGGGUCAACGGGAAGCAGCAAUGGGCGCCCUGCUCGAUGCCGAACGUCACCAGGUCACGAUACGCCACGAGGCGUGUUACGAGCGGCUCCAGCAAUGGGACCUCGCGCUCAGCGCCUACGAACGUCAGGGACCAGCGCACUCGUUUGCAAACCGGCGCGGUCGGAUGCGCUGUAUGGCACAACUCGGCGAACUGCACCGCAUGGAGGCGCUCUGUAACGACCUCUGGUCCGAGGCAGCCGAGCAGCCGUCGCUUCGCCAGGAACUCGCUGAGGAAGCGGCUCAAGUGGCGUAUCAGCUCCAGCUCUGGGACAAGUUUACGGAACGCGUUGCGUAUACGAGUCGCGACAGCAUCCGCGGGAAUGUGUUUCGGGCGAUGCUGGCUAUUCAUCAGGGCGACGAUGAGGCUGCUCGCGGCUAUAUUCGAGCGGGGCGUCGACUGCUGGAUACCGGGGUCACAGCACGCGUCGGUGAAGGCUAUCCCCGCGCCUAUGGCGAUAUCCUCCUGACCCAGCAACUGGUGGAACUCGAGGAAUGCCUCAUGGUAAGGCAGCGUAUUCUACCGCAGCGCCACGUGGUGGAACAGCUCUGGAAUACGCGCUUGUACGGAUGCCGUUUCGAUUAUACCACGUGGCAACAGACGCUGCUCGUUCGACGGCUCCUCUUGGAACCUCGACACGACAAGGACGUGUGGUUGCGCUUUGUGAGCCUCUGUAGGCGGGCGAAUCGACUCCCGAUGGCCAACGAGGCACUCGCCAUGCUCCAGGAUGAGCAGCAUCCCGAUCCCGAGGUAACGUAUGCUUCGCUCAAGUUGUGCUGGUCGCAGGGUCGGCAUCACGAGGCCUACGAAUGCCUCCGGCGUUGUGCGGAGCAGCCGGUACCCUCCGCUCGGCUCGCUGCACGUCGUUUUCUCAAGCUAUGCGUCUGGGGUCGGGCGUUACGCGCAGAAGGCACCAGCACGUUCGUCUCUUCGCCUUCGUCAUCGCUACGGUGGCAUACGUUGAUGGAGCACGCGCGACGAGCGGUGGUAUCGGAUCCGUCGUGGUCAUCCGGCUGGCAUACCUGGGCAGCGUUGAACGCUGAUGCCGCCGCAGCACACAGUACCGGGCAUCGCUUCGGGGGUGCCUGGCCUGCUCGACCGACAGCGGUAGCGGCGGCUGAGUCUAACGUGCUGGUUCGAGCGUAUGUGCUCAACGCGGUGAACGGCUUCUUCCGAGCGAUCGCACUAGGUGAAAGCUACGCGGAACAAGCGCAAGAUGUGCUCAAGCUGUUAACGCUCUGGUUCCGCUACGGUGCGGUCCCUGAGAUCGAACAAGCGCUCCUGAACGGUUUUGCGGAGACCAAUGUCGACAUCUGGGUCGACGUGAUUCCCCAGAUUGUCGCUCGUCUGCACUCGCCGGUACCACCGGUGCAGGCCGGUGUUCGAGCGCUCCUAAUUCGCAUCGGGCGAGCACAUCCACAAGCGCUGGUGUUUCCGCUCGCAGUGGCCGCCAAGUCCAGUAAUGCGCGUCGACGUGAGGCCGCUAUCGACGUGCUCCAGGCGCUGCGUCUCGAGUCACCGGCGCUGGUUGCCCAGGCUGAACUCGUAUCCCGCGAACUGGUGCGUAUCGCGGUGCUCUGGCCCGAAAUGUGGCAUGAGGCACUCGAGGAGGCCUCGCGCGUCUACUUUGGCGAACACAACGUGCCGGGCAUGUUGGCGAUUCUGUCGCCGCUGCACGACCUGGUCGAGGCAGGCCCUAGCACCGCACGUGAGGCUAGCUUCAUUCGCGAGUUUGGCCGUGAACUCGCCGAGGCUCGCGAAUGGUGUCGGCGCUAUCUGGCGAGUGGACGCGACUCCGACCUGAAUCAGGCCUGGGAGCUCUACUACUCCAUCUUUCGCCGGAUCAACAAGUCGCUCUCCAGCAUGACACAGCUGCAACUCGCGGAGGUGUCGCCAGCGCUGCUGGAGGCUCGGAACUUGGCGCUGGCGGUGCCCGGCACCCGCGAACAGGUCACCAUCGUCUCGUUUGCACCGGUGUUGAACGUGAUCAGUUCGAAACAACGGCCGCGAACGCUGACCAUCUACGGUUCCGAUGGCCACGAGUACCCGUUCCUGCUCAAAGGACACGAGGACCUGCGUCAGGAUGAACGCGUGCAACAGUUUUUUGGCCUCGUGAAUACGCUCCUGCCGCCCGAGAUGUCCAUCGUGACGUACGCGGUGCUGCCGUUGAGUCAGCAGGUCGGCCUCAUUGGUUGGGUCAAGAACUGCGAUACGCUGCACGCGUUGAUCCGCGAGUAUCGCGAACAACGCAAGAUCAUCCUGAACGUGGAACAUCGGAUCAUGUUGUCUGCAGCACCGGACUACGAUAACCUGACGCUGCUCCAGAAAGUAGAAAUAUUCGAGUAUGUGCUCGCGAAUACCUCGGGCAAUGACUUGGCCAAUAUCAUGUGGCUGCGUAGUCGCAGCGCGGAGAUGUGGCUGGAGCGACGCACCAACUACGCACGUUCGCUGGCGGUCAUGUCCAUGGUAGGGUAUAUUAUCGGCCUCGGGGAUCGACACCCGUCGAAUAUGCUCAUCACACGCGACACCGGCAAAGUCAUUCAUAUCGAUCACGGUGAUUGUUUCGAGACCGCGAUGCAUCGCGAGAAGUAUCCCGAGAAAGUGCCGUUCCGGUUGACGCGGAUGUUGGUACGGGCACUGGGUGUCUCGGGUGUCGAGGGCAUCUUUCGGGUGACAUGUGAGUCGACCAUGGAGAUUCUGCGUGCGAACAAACCCGUGCUCAUGGCUAUGUUGGAAAUCUUUGUGCACGAUCCGUUGCUGGUACGAACGCUGCAGCCGGCGGCGGCACCGGGGGCAACAACCACGGGCCUCGAGGCGACUGGGUUGGCGGCUGUUGCAGCCGGCUCGCCGCUGCAUACACCGGCAGUGUGGCCUCGGCAGGCUACUGGAGCAACAGCAGCAGCAACAGCAGCAACAGCAACAGCAGCAACAGCAACAGCAGCAGCAGCAACAGGGCAAUGGGGCACGGUAUCGACGUUUCCUGUGCAAGAGGCACGCCUUGGCGAGCGUGCUGGCGAAGAGCAGCCGCAGCCAGCGUCGACGCUGGUGCAAGUACCUCGAGCGCCAACCAGGAUGCGACGUGUCGACAUGUCGGGUGCAGAGGCGACGGCUGCGGCUGCAGCUGCGGGCGAGGCGUCCUUGUCGUUGCGGCUGCUGCAGGGCACCAUGUCGUUACGUGCAGCGCUUCGUCUGGAGCAGUCCAAUGCCGGCACAGUCGAGGAGGUCGCUGAAGAGGGUAUCGCGGAGACGCCGUCGCCGCUGACAACGCGUCGACCAGGUGCGGGUAGUCUAACGCCGCGCACGCUGGGCAACGGUACCUUGACGACAGGUGCCGGUGCUGGUGCCGGUGCUCCCACGAUACUUCCCGAGGAUCUACUCGGCGAUGAAAACCGCGGUGAACGCGCUGUUGCGAUCGUGCAACGCAUGUCACAGAAACUGAGUGGGCGCGACUUUGAUCCACGACGUGUGCUCACUGUCGCUGAGCAGGUCGAACGCCUGAUUCAGCAGGCAACGAACUCAGAGAACCUGGCACCUGCUUAUGUGGGCUGGUGCAACUGUUGGUAG